GACAGACGUCCAGCUCCUCAGUGCGGGCCGGUGUCUCCUCCCCCUCCCCCUCCUCUCUCCCUCUCCUCCUCAUCAUCACCACACAUCGGUGCUUUAAAUCCGGUGCCGGCGCUCAGUGUGCGGGGAUAGCGGGCGGUAUGAUCCGGGGCUGUGUGUGAAGGAAGGAGCGGCACACCGGCCGGUGCCCUGAAACCAGAAGAGCGUGACUUGCUAGGCCAGCAUUGAAGCAAUAAUAUUGCGACUUGCAGCAAUGCCAUUGGCAGAAGAAAACUGUCUCUCGAGCGAUCCUCCAUUAACUUUGCCUGUGGUUGUUAUCGGGAAUGGACCUUCUGGGAUCUGCCUGUCAUACCUGUUAUCGGGAUACAGGCCAUAUCUGUCUCCGGACAGCCUGCACCCCAAUCCAAUCUUGCACAGCAAGCUAGAGGAAGCAAGGCACCUCUCCAUCCCCGAACAGGAUUUGGAAUACUUGUCAGAAGGGCUGGAAGGCCGCUCCUCUAAUGCAGUGGCAGUGUUGUUUGACACUCUCCUUCACCCGAAUGCUGAUUUUGGGUUUGAUUACCAAUCUGUUCUACAGUGGAAACUGGAACAAGAGCAUUAUAUUCCCCAUAUAGUACUCGGCAAGGGACCCCCAGGUGGAGCAUGGCAUGAUAUGGAAGGAUCCAUUUUAACGCUUAGUCUUGGUGACUGGAUGGAACUACCGGGACUUAAGUUUAAAGACUGGGUCUCUGGUAAGAGGCGAAAUACCAAAAGUGACCGUGCUACCCCAGCAGAAGUGGCUGCUUAUUACAAACAUUAUGUUAAAAUAAUGGGAAUUCAAAGAAACUUUGUGGACAGCACCUAUGUUACUUCUGUGGCAAGACCCUACCGCGAGCAGGAGGAGUCGGACGGCCAUGAUUCUGAAGAUGUUGCACCAGAAGAGCCUUGCAUUGACAAAGAAAAUGGAGAGCCCAUGCUAAAGAAGAACUGGGAAAUCCAUGGCUAUCGGCGGGCAGCUGAUGGCUCUCACCAGCCCUUUUGUCUUUUUUCAGAAACGGUUAUUCUUGCCACAGGAACAUUUGAUGCACCUGCUCGACUUGAGGUUAUUGGAGAGGAUCUUCCGUUUGUUUCACAUUCCAUUGCAGAGUUUGAAGAUGCUGUUGGCAAAGGAAGACUGAGUGGAGCCGUAGACCCAGUUUUGAUUGUCGGGGCUGGGUUGACGGCAGCGGAUGCCGUUUUGUGUGCUCACAACAAUAACAUUCCAGUCAUCCAUGUUUUCCGUAGAAGACUCAAUGAUCCAAGUCUUAUUUUUAAACAAUUGCCAAAAAAACUAUAUCCAGAAUACCACAAGGUAUAUCACAUGAUGUGUACACAACUCAGUACUGUUGCUUCCAACUUAUAUCCCCCUUAUACAAGUUACCCAGAGCAUGUUGUACUAUCUUUCAAGCCUGAUAUGAAGGUUGUCCUUCAAAGUAACAAUGGAAUUAAAAAAGUCAUAAAGAUCUCCACAGCUUUAGUCUUGGUAGGUUCACAUCCAAAUUUGUUUUUCUUGAAAGAGCAAGGUCGAAAUUUGGGGCAUAUUCCCAACCAGCCAAUUACCUGCAAGGGUAAUCCUGUAGAAAUUGAUCCAUAUACUUACGAGUCCUCCAAAGAACCAAAUCUUUUUGCCCUUGGUCCACUUGUUGGUGACAACUUUAUCAGGUUUCUUAAAGGUGGAGCACUUGCCAUAACAAGAUGUCUGGAAUUAAGGCAGAAGAAGAAAAGACAUCGACUCGUAGAAAGUGGAAGAGAUGAUGGUGUGUCAUAAGUUUACCAUGCACUCAUGUCUACUUCUGCUACUCUGGAAACCUUCUCUAACACUCUUUCGUGAUCUGCAAAGGUGCAGAUUUCAUCAGUAUGUGUUUUUGCACAGUGCAAUGUAUUUCAUAACCUAUGGCAAGACUUAAAAGAAAAACCUUUGCUGCUUUUGUAGAAGAUCCUAGAAGCCUACCCAGACUUCUUGUGACAUGAAAGAAUUAUAUAGUUUAUUGUGCAAUUUGUUACAUAUACAGUAUAUUCUGUUUUAUGCAUUUUCAGUAUCUAAUUCCAUUGACUGUAAGCUGCUUCUUUUUUUUUUUUUAUGUUCUGUUUUAUUUUGGGGCUAUAGGUUAAAUGAAAGGUAGAUGCAUCUUAUUUUUGCAUCCAUUUGCUCCCCUAUUUCAAAACACUAAUUCACUUCAAGUCAAGGUUUUGUAAAAUGUUAUAGGUUUGUGCUCCACUGAGCAUACAGAAGAAUGAGCUCAAGAGCCUGAAAAUCUUACCUAGGCAAGGACACAGAUGUACUGAAUUCCAGCAAUCAGUGGGAGUUCAGCAUACAUUAAGGGCCGGUUCACACUACAAUUUUGCAUUCCAGGUGCAAUUCUGCAUGUCCAUUUAUAUAUGUGUGUGCAUUUUUUUUACUAGUAAUGGCAGUGAUCAGCAACUUCUAGCGGGACUGCGAUAUUGCGGCAGACAAAUCGGACCCCGACACUCUUUGGACGGGACCAGUGACACUAAUACAGUGAUAAAAAUAUGCACAGUAACUGUACUAAAGACACUGGCUGAGAAGGGGUUAACAUCAGGGGUGAUUAAAGGGCGUGUGCCUAGCCUUUGCUGUCUCAAUGUGGGGGAGGUUCAUUUGUUAUGGGAAGGCAUUGAUCCAUGUUCCUGCUUUGCAGAAACACAGGCUCAAUACCUUCCCUAUUGACAGGACGCAAAUCUGCCUUGUUUACAUUGCCGUUCUGUCAGCAUAAUAAACAAUUGGCGGGUGCCAGUGGAAAUCGAGUCCACAGUACCUACCGCUGGGCUCCCCCGUGCGUGCACCAGACCCGGACAUGUCAGCUCACGUACUAGGUACAUGAUCUGGCACAUCGCGACUGCCUUGUCGCAGUAUAUCUGUGGUGAAUCUCAAUUCAGGACAUGUGCACUUCUGCUGCAUUUAUGUGCUUUUUGAUGCAUUUUGCCAUGUUCCAGAUGUGUUCCAUACAGAAAAAAUAUGCAGCAUGUCCCACUUUUGCUCGUAGCCCUGCACUGGUGUGAACAAGUGCGAUUAGAAUACAUGGAUUUAUACACUGCAUGUGUUGUUUUUUUUUUUUGUAUUUGAUGCUGAUUUAAAAACACACUGGACUGCAUCUGGUGUGAGCCAGCCCUCAAUCUGAAGGAUUGAACCCCUUUCACAGAGCCGCUGGUCCGUUUCGGCUGCUACCGGGGCACUUUAAACUCCCAUUUUUUGCCAAUUUCAUUCCAAUGAAUUCAGCAAUCCCAACCCAAAGAUGCUGAUUGCAGGAAUUUUCAUAAUGUCCCGCAAGCGCACCGCCCGAAUGUGAAAAGUCACACUUAAAUGAAUGGGAGGCGGUUUUCAGGCGCUUAGCAGAGGCUAUUUCCAGAGCUAAAGCACCUGAAAACCGCCCCAGUGUGAAACGGAGUAGUAGGAUUUGCAGCAAUUCAAAUGUAGAAAUAUAAAGUGGCGGUUCAGAAAUCCAUAUGUAGGUUUACAUGCACUUAUUUAUCUCCUGCUACCCGUUUAGGAAAAUUCAUAUUGCACUGAUGUCAUUUUAAGCAGUUAUUAGUAUGCAGCGUUCCAUAAUAAAAUGUAUGCUUUUUACAUAAAAGCAGAACUAACAUAUCUAGAUGCUAUUGCUCUAUCCUCUUUGAGCAAUCGGGGUUGCAGAAGUGGAGGUGACACAACUGUUUUCCUUGAAAUAGUAUUAAACCCUUUGCAUUUUUUGGCCUAAUGCUUUGAGCAUAAU